AUGGAAAAAGCCUUUGAUAAUUUGAAUAUGAUCUCUCUUUUUAUUAUUCUCAAAAAACAUGGGUUUGGUGAUAAGUGGGUUCAGUGGCUUUAUUGGUGUGUAACUUCUGCUCAAUUCUCUAUUUUGGUUAAUGGUGUUGCUUCAGAUAAGAUUAAGCCCUCUAAAGGUUUAAAGUUGAACAUUGUGAAAAACACAAUUACUAGUAUUGGAGUUGAUAACUUAGUGGAGGAAUUAGCCUUAGAGCUAGGAUGUAGAGCUACAAACUUUCUUGUUACUUAUUUAGGGUUACUAGCUGGUGCUUCUCAUAUAAAUAUUGCAAUUUGGGAUGUGGUGAUUGAUAAAAUGCAAAAGAGAUUUGCAGUAUGGAAGAACAAAUAUCUCAACAAAGCUGGUAGGUCCCCACUUAUUAAAUAUGCUCUUCAAAGUAUUCCUACUUAUUAUCUUUCUUUACUUCAUCUUCCUGUUUUUGCGGAGAAAAAACUUAAUACUAUUGUGAGGAAGUUCUUGUGGGGUGUGACUGGGUUUCUUGGAGUAAAGUAA